AUGGCCAGACCGGUGCCUGAGGAGCUGGAGCGUAAACAGCAAGGACACGAACCGGCGCAGGCUGUUGGAGACGCUGCGUUCGGAAUGAUCAAUCGAAAUAUCGGCAGUGUGUCGGCGGAGACCGCGAAUGUUGUUCGAGCAUCGGGCAGUGCCCAAGUCGGUCGUACCUUCCCCGGAGUGGUCAACAACGCGGGUGCGACGACGCGUCUAGAUGGAACAGUGGGUACGCGUAGCGGCAGCGCCAACUUCAACAGCAACAACAGCGGUGGUGCAGCGACGCACACCGGUGACACUGCCAGCGCAUUUAGCGGUGUCUACGGUAGUCGUCCCUCCCAGGACACUCUCAGCAUCCACACCACGGCGCACAACAUCGCGAGUAUCGGCAACCCCAACCCGAACGUCAGCAGCCGUCCCUCCGCGCGCGCCGGUGAUGCUGGUCAAGCAGCGAGAAGCGCUCCCGGCAAUAAUCGACGAACCAGCACCGGAGGUCAAGGACAAGCGCAGCCGACGCCUCAAGACAUCAUCAUCUUGAGCAGUGACAACGGGGGCAGCGAAGCAGCGGACUCGGAUGACGGCACUGACGAAAAUGUCUUCAAGACACCAUAUCCCAAGGUCUCCGGGCCUUCGCAGGCAGACAAGCAGACACCCUCCAGCUCUUCCAGGUGGCCUACUUCCAGCGCCCAUUCUGGCGGUCCAGUGUCCAGCUAUGCAUCCACGAGCGCUCCAGCGCCUGUCGGUGCACCCUCCAGGGCGCCAGAGUCCAGCGGACUGGCUCCUACGUCCAAUCCAGCGGGAGCUAGCGACUCGACACAGACUUCGACCUCAAUGGGCUGGCCCAGCCCAGGACAGACCUUCUUCUUAGUCGAAGAAGGUAUGCCCGGUCAACCGACGCCCAAGUCUAAGCCAGCAAAUCUCGAGGAUGGCGCCAACAAGCGGAAACAAGAUGACAGGACAUCGCCAUUGACGGUGCCGGAACGUUUCCAUCCUGAUCCUUUCGCACGCGCGGGCUUAGCAUCAAGGGGUAGGGGCCAUGCUGGUGCAUCGCGUCCAGCGCCACACGCACGGUCAGUAUCGGACAGCAGUAUACUAGGCUCGGGAGCGCCAUUGCAGGCUGAGAUAGAUAGUAUAAAUGCCGGGUGGCAGGCUCUGAGGGAAGCAGAGAGGCGUCGUGGGUCUUCAGGAACAUCUGCGCAGACCGAAGCGCAGCGUCCAGCCGAGCCCGAGUGGCCAGCCAUAACCGGUGGGAUAAUCGACCCAUACGACAUAUUGAGGGCAGAGCUGGCGAGGAAAGAAGCCGAGAAGGAGGCGGCCAGAGAAGCGGCUCAACGUCUUCCGCCGCGCGGCACAUUUUCACUCCCUGCACCACUGCCACUGCGUCAAGUCUCAGAUCAGCGUUCAGCAUCCGCCUCCCGACUGUCGUCAUCGUCUACCCAGCAAGUAGACGCCUCACCAGCCCGCGGUAGACUGGAUCCACGCGCGCUAGUGCAGACUGAUCUGGAGACGAGACAAGCCAGAAGCCAGGCUGCGAGGGCAGCGGGUCGUCAGCCGCCAUCACGAGGGACAUUCUCCCAGACUGGGGCACUGCGGAAACCGCCUCCCGCGGUGCCUGCUCAACGCUCAGUCUCCGCCUCCCGUCUAAUGUCAUAUUCCGGACAGCAGACCGUCAUCGCACCGACAAACACGCCUCAGGACGCACCUCAGUCCUUACCCAGCUCCUCCGCCGUGUCUGCACUACACCAGGGAAUGACAGCGAGCCAGGCAACCCUGAUGAUGCAUCUGCGAAGCCUUUUCACUACGACGAAUGGGCGCCAGCCGGACGAUACAGAGCUGGCUUGGGCGCGAAUCCAAUUGCGCGGCGGGCACCUGUCGACCUGGUUCAAUAAUCCUGAGGUCGAAGCGCAAUGGAUUCAGAGGGUGAACGAAGAGUUCCCUCUCACCGAUGUACGACAGCCAGCGAGGGGUCGUCCGAUGACGCAGGCAGGACAGGGCGCGGUUCAAGGAGGCCACCAAGCUCGAGCACGCGCAGCAUCGGUGCCAUCGCAGCCUCAGCCUGGGCUGGCAAACACGCCGCAAUCCGGCGUCUCCCAGCAGAGUGCCCAUGUGCAGCGGGCGGUUCCAGGUACAGUAUAUGGAGCAUCGGCCUCACAGCCUCAGCGUUUGUUGGCAAGCAUGGCGCAGUCUGGUAUCUCGCAGCAGCAUGCCCACGUGCAGCAGACGCUACCAGGCACAGUAUAUGGAGCAUCUACCUCGGGUCAGACUGCAGCAUAUCGACCUCAGGAGUCAAACGCCGCCACAAACAUUAACCCUACUGCUGGAGAUCCGUCGAACAACCAAGUCCGUUCCGCUUAUAAUCCGCUCCGGGCCUACUAUGGCAAUAGAUACCCUACCGCUAGAUCUGCUCUAGGAGCCUCGAUAGGCUCGUGGAUCGCACGGUUACAGAGGGAGGUACAGGCGGCCCGCGUCCAAGAGCAGCCAUUGCCGCAAAAUGGGUUGUCCCAGAAUGUUGGAUAUGGACGGUUCCCUUCGCCAGCAGCUCUUCCAAACCCGGCCCAACAGCAGCUCCAACAAGCCUCUCGCAGCCAGCAGGCGAACUCGUCUGUCGAUCCGGUCCAUCAGCCGACGGGCUAUACCGUGCAGGCUUUUGGCAACCAGUCAGGCCUGGCCAAUCAGCAGCCUGCAUCUUUUCGUUCCUCUAGCGAGGAUUACGUCCCUCAAUGGCUCCUUCGCGCGUGUGUAGCAGGAUUUCACGAUCGGAUCCAAGACCUGCAGCGGAAGGAGCAAGAGCUUAAGGACAAGCAUGACAAGGAGACGCAGCAACUCAAUGAUAAGAUCAGCGAGCUGGAGGGUAAAGUGACCACCGCAUACCGAGAGUUGAGGGAGCGACAGGAGAGGGAGCUGCAGCAGCUUCGGGACCAGGCUAGGAGCGAGAUUGAGGCUGCUGCGGACGGAGAGGAGAGGGUGAAGGAGGAGGAUAAUGAUGGUGAGAAUGGUGGCUGGAAGGGGGCUGACGACAACGAUAAGGAUGAUAUGGAUGUGGCGGGUUCGAUGUGA